CACUAAGGAUACACGGACUAGGUGCUCGAAGCUGUCCGCGUGACUCAUCAUCGUAUCCGAAUCACGCGGCUACAUCGUCGUCAACCAGCAUGGUCCCAGGCCCCAUCUUACACCAUACCCCUUCAUACCGCCACUCAUUCAAAAUUUUCGUACUCCUUUUCUUGUUCCUAUCAUUUCAUCCUGUCAGGUUCAAUGCCUACCUCCUCGGCCUAGCCAUAUCCGAGGAUCCUUAUAGUGCAGCAGCAGAAUCGGAUACUCUGAUUUCCGCGCUCAAAGCACGACAAAAUGCCUCAAAGAAAGUUCUAGUCUUCAACGUCUUGCCAUACAGCCUCACGCACUCGUUCGUCCUACCAUACUACCAACCGAUGCUUUCAGUACCGUUGUACGAUCCUAAUGUUUAUCUUGAUAUCAAUGUUUAUCUUGUAGGUCGCGCUUGCAUGUGUCGCUGAUUCCCCAGAUAUCUUGCUAUACAGAUAAUAUCUUCGUUGAAUUUUUUCGCGGGGAGGCAAAGCCGCGGUGUUUUGACUGUAGUGAAACCAAAGAGGAGUCGACUCGACAAAAAUGACUUUAAAUUCCGCGGAAUCAAUG